CAAAGUAUCAUGUCAGUCAGUGGAAGAAGGUACUCUUUAUUGACACUCCUGGAUUUAUUGACACAGACAGACCUGAGGAGGAGAUGAAGUCUGAAAUAUUGAGGUGUAUCACAGAAUGUGCUCCUGGUCCUCAUGUUUUUCUCAUUGUGCUUAAAGUGGAGAAAUACACAGAGCAAGAAAAGGCUGUAAGAGAGAAACUUAAUCAAUAUUUCUCACAUGAAGCAUUUCGAUUUGCCACAAUAAUCUUUACUCAUGGUGACCAGCUUCCUGAGGGAAUGAAGAUCGAAGAGUUUGUGAAUGAAAGUGAAGCUCUGAGCGAUCUGAUCAAGAAGUGUGGGGGCCGCUGCCACGUCAUUGAUAACAAAUACUGGAAGAACAACCAGGGAGAUGAAUACAGGACCAACCAGUACCAGGUGGCAGAAUUACUCAAAACCAUUGACAAGAUUAUUGAUGCAAACAAAGGAGGCUACUUCACCAAUGAGAUGCUGCAAGAAGUGAAGAGAGAUAUUCAACAAGAGGAAGGUCGCAUCAAACAGUCAUCUCCAGACUUAACAGAAGAGGAAACUGCAGCAAAGGCAAAACAAUCUGUGUUUAAAAAUCUGUUGUCAAAAGCUGCAGGAGUUACAACAGGGGAUCUGUUAGGUGCAUUCCUGGGUGGGACGAUACAAUUAGGGAAAGAAGACAGCACUGUAGGUUUAGUAGGAGUAGGAGUAGCAUUGGGAAUAGCAGCUGCAGCGAAAGUAGCUAAAAACAAUGCACCAACAUAAUCUAGCACAGUUCCUGCUGCAUCUGCAGAGCCAGCAGCCAAAUAAAACCAGGAGUACCACGUUUCACGGACAUGAAACUGGUGCACAGUGAUGAAGCAAAGAAAGGAGACUACAACACAAAGGCACACUUUGUUUAUUUUUUUAAAUGUAAAAACAGGUUAUAAAUUAAAUAUCUAAAACAUCUGUUAAGCUUUCAAAAAAGUACCUUUACAAUCCACAGAUGUACAGAAUCAGCAUAUACUGCUAGGAAACUGGGCACAACUACUCACAUUCACCUUUAUAAGUUGUCAUCAUAGAAUCAUUGUUAAAAUUAUAGAAUGAGACAUUUUGGACUCCUUUUGUUCCUCAUGAUUGGAUUUCUGUAUUUGCAUUGUACAAAAUGUCUUACUUAAGAGUUUUUGUUGAAUACUUACUGUUAACAUAUAAAUGAAGUAGCUUAUGCUUAAUGAUAUGUAAGAAUGUGAUUUUUUCCCCCUCUUCAUAUGCUAUAAAACCCUUUAUGUUGCAGUUUAUAUUUCAGAAUUUACCCAUGAAUAUGUCCAUUACUCCAGAUUAAACAAAAUCUCUGGGUAUUUCAAUAACAGAUCUAUAACUUUCAAAUAAUUGUUGCUUCUUUUUUUGAUGUUUUCUUUGCUACAAGUUUUCACUAAUAAAGCAGCUAAUUGUUUCACAUGUAACCAAGUUUCUUCAACUUCUUGACAAUUUUCAUUUACUAGCCUCAUGUUAAUUCAGCUGAACUUGUUAAACCUCCUCAGCAGGUUUAGCCAAACAUGUUUAAGAGGCAGUGACAUCUUAAACAGCGACUUUCAUUUUUACUUAAUUUGGCUUCCGCUGACUUUACUUCAGUUGAACCAGCUGAUGAAGUUUAACAGGAUCAGCCAAAUCUACCACAUUUUUAAACCAGAACAGUAAUGGAAGCUGCUGGGAUGAGUGGACAGACCACUGACAGAUUUGAUCUUCGACAAACUUUAUUGUAAUGUCAGUUUUAAUGUUUUUAAGUGUUGCUCAUGUUUCCAGACUGUAUAAAAGUUACUGACUGACAAAUGCAGCAACAAAUGAGACUAAAUAAAUCAAAAGAAAAUGCAGACGUUUGUAUUUUG